AUGGAGAGGCUUGAGAAGAGACGGCAAAAUGCCCUAAAAGACUGGAUACAGUCGGAGCGCGAAAGCUACAGCGAGAAGCAACGCAGAGUCAAAUGUCUCUGUGGUUCUGUCAUGCAGUCACGGAGACAAUUCAACGCGGAUCAACAAAGGUUCGAUACCAGAUCAAGGAAGCUCGGUGAGGAUGAGGAGACCCUUCGCAACGAAGUCGAACGUCUCAGGCCCCAGAUCACAUCCCACAAUGGGGUUCAGGAGGCAUUUUAUCGCGAUCGCAAGGCCCCCGAGGAGAGGGGAACGGCCGCAAGAAGCGCCUCAGAGGCUGCUUUACAACAGUUUUCGGAGAACAUGAACGCUGCCAAGGAUGCUUUAUCCAAGGCACACAGGGGAUCAACCAUGCCAAAGACGUUGUCUACGCAGCCACCGCCAGCAGCACUGUCGCCUACCACCGCCCGGGACGAAAUCCGUGGCAUAAGUCGUGGUGGAAGCCCCCACUUUCCUACAGGACUACAGUCGGCUGCGACCUUUCCAAACCAAUCUACUGGGUGGCUACGCAUCGUUUGGCCCUCAUAUUGA